AUGACCGACAUCGCCGACCCCGUUGAUGCGAUUAUGCACCAUGCCACCACGCAUGCGUCAACCAUGCCGGAUCCACCGACACUGACAUCGGCACCUGUGGCCUCCCCUGCCGCACCUGCCCAUCCUCCACGACACAGUUCGCCAGACUCAGCUCUGCCGCAUUCUCCUGCUCGACCAGCUGCUCUGAAUAUAACUACAAGUGUCGCCUCCAGCACGAAUCAUCUCGCCGCGGGACAAGAUGACUCGACACCGCCUACCUCGGCCAUAUCCAGUCAGGAGGAAUCCCAGGAAACAGGGUCGCCUGUUAAGGUAGAGGACAAACAGGAUGCUGGGAAAGAAACGGUACAAGUACCGAGGUCUGCUUCAACUUCUCAAAGUCCCUUGCCAGAGGCAGUUUCUGGCACCAAGCGAACAGCGAGUGGUCAAGUCAAGAGAGCCAGUGUGAACGGGAUGGGGGAUGUAAUAACCAGAUCUACGGAUGGGGCCGGCCACUCUCGAACGUCGAGCACAACUUCGAAUGGAGGAAAUGGAAACGUGCUUGAGCUCUCCCAGCAGUUGCGUACCAAGCUGAAAUAUGCCAUGAUCAAGGUGCAGAAUGGCUGGCAGUCUCGCUCAUUCGAUGAGGUCGAGUCUCUGGCCUCUCAAUCGCCUCGAUCGACCGUGUCCGGAUUUCACCCAUUCAACAAUGACCCGCAAACUCUACUCUCCCCGAAGACAGCCAUGUCGAGGAAAUUAUAUCAACGCGAAUCCAGUGAAAGCGAUUCGUCCGACAGUACUGUAGCCCUGGAAGCUCGCGGACUAACCACGGCCAAUGCGGUAGGCAGUCCGCAUGCUGCGGUACGCCGCUCUCUCGCUCCUCCUGUCGAUAUCAUGCCAGGAUCAGGGUCAGGAUCGGGACCGGGCUUGGGAUCACGCCGUCGACCGACCCCAAACGCGGCAUAUCACGGUAGGGUCCACCCGCCUCCCCCAGUACGGACGAAUGCAAAAGAGAUUUAUGCUUCACGUCCGACCAACAGCAAAAGGACACCCAGCCAGAAUGCGGCUAUGGAAGCCGAUGCCGUCGAGACACUGAUGUUCAUGGCCAGCCCAAACAAUUCAGGGUACAAUCCGGCCUCGCACGCGUCUCAGGACUCGUCAUCCCUCCGAACAACAGCACCGCCGGGCUCGACCUUGACUUCACCGCUACGCACACAAUUCAGCCAAGCAUCCAUCAUGACAUCUCCUAAGAGAGUGGCUUUCUCGGACGCUGGAUCUUCUUCGACAGACCAUGCCGUUUUCGACAAGAAUGCUCUGAUUGAUCGUAUCUUGGACGAGUUAUCCGACACGAGUGACGACGAGUUGGAGCAGGCGUUCAGGCUGGCUGAGAAGAGCAACCCUGCGGCGACGGUGUCGAGCUGA